UAUUCGUUCCUUUCAAACAUCGACAACAUGAAGUUCUUAAUCGUUUUCGUAGUUAUCGCAGUUUCUUGUGCCUUAGGGGGUGAAGUAUAUGACACUUCAAAGUUUGACAAUGUAGAUAUUGAUGCUAUCAUCAAAAACGAACGUCUUCUCCAGAAUCACUUCAAUUGUCUAUUAGAAGGAAAAGGUUGUACCCCAGAAGCAGAUGAAAUCAGAAAGCACAUUGGAGAAAUAAUGGAGACAUGCUGUGCGAAGUGUUCAGCUAAACAAAAGGAAAGUGGAAAAAAAAUGACGACAUUCUUAAUUCAGAAUAAACCUGAAAUGGUGAAAAAGAUGUUGGAUAAAUACGACCCUGAAAGGAAAUAUCAAACAAAGUGUGCCGAACACUUGAAAUCUCAAGGAAUUGAUCUCAGUGGGUUUUAAUUGUGAUGAAGUUAUUUGAAAUCUAUCUAUGUGUAAUUAGAAUGAAUGAGUGUAAUAAAGAUUUUUUGUGAAUAAA